GGCUGAAGGAGCCUCCGCAGAUGAAGGGCUGCUGGGAACCAAACCUGAAGCUCCGUGAGGCUCAGAGAAUCUUCGAGGACCAGAUCAUCGGACCUGAGUCCAUCGCCAACAUUGGAGAUGUUUUGUUCUCAGGAACAGCUGAUGGGAAAAUUGUGAAGCUGAUUGGUCGAAGAAUUCACACGGUGACGAGACUUGGGAAACUUCCCUGUGGUUCCACAGAUGAGGAGUCGAGCUGCGGUCGACCUCUGGGGAUCAGAGUCGGACCCAACGGGACUUUGUUCAUAGCCGACGCUUACCUGGGUCUGUUUGAGGUGAAUCCCACCACAGCAGGUGAGACAACCAGGUUGGUGACGGGCGGUCAGGUGGUCGCCGGCAGGAAGCUGUCGUUCAUUAACGACGUGGCGGUGACGCAGGACGGGAAGAAGGUGUACUUCACUGACUCCAGCAGCAGGUGGCAGCGCAGAGAUUACCUGCACCUCAUCAUGGAGGCCACCGCUGACGGACGUGUGUUGGAGUUGGACACAGAAACCAGAGAAGUGACGGUGUUGAUGGAAAACCUGCGAUUUCCAAACGGAAUCCAGCUGCUGCCAGAUGAGGAGUCGGUGUUAGUGGCUGAAACCACCAUGGCUCGGAUACGCAGAGUGCAUGUGGCCGGGCUCAAUAAAGGAGGGAUGGACACGUUCAUGGACAAUUUGCCCGGUUUCCCUGACAACAUCCGUCCCAGCUCCAGCGGAGGUUACUGGGUUGCCAUGUCGGCAGUGCGGCUGAACCCCGGAUUCUCAAUGCUGGACUUCCUGUCCCAGAGACCGUGGAUCAAGAAACUCAUCUUCAAGCUCUUCAGUCAGGACGUCCUGAUGAAGUUUGUCCCUCGCUACAGUUUGGUGGCGGAGCUUCACGACGGUGGGAUCUGCACACGCAGCUUCCACGAUCCAAACGGCAUGGUGGCGGCUUACGUGAGCGAGGUCCACGAGCACGACGGGAGUCUGUACCUGGGCUCCUUCCGCUCCCCGUACAUCGCCAAACUUGAUCUGCACAAGGUUUAAAAAAAAACAAAAAAACCCAAAACAUUUGUGAGUCAAAGAGACAGAGAUGAUGUCUGACAUCAGGACGCAGUGUUCGACCGGACCAAUGAUGUCACCAUGCAGCAGGACGGAGGUCGAUGACUUAUUGACACAGACGACGAAUCAGACUCAACGUUUGUGUUUAUUUUAGUUUUGACAUCAGAUCUGAUCGAUCAGAUCUGUCAUCAAUAAAUGUGUUUCUAUAAAAA